AUAUAUAUAUAUAUAUAUAUGCUUAUAUGCAACACCUCUACAUAUACAUACGUGAAAAUAAAGAUAAAAGUCCGUAUACCUCCUUUAUCACAUCCUCUCCCUCCACCAUCCUGAAACCUCCGUUUCCUCCAAGAAGACCUCGGUCUAUUAUGAAUUUUACCUAGUGGUAAUAGGACUAUCAUAGCAUUUUUGUCAAUAAAUGUUGUUUCUACCACAAUCUACUUUGAUCCCUUCCCUUUUUGUGGUUUCUCUUUUUUACAUUGCGGAUAUUGGUGCGUAACACGCGAAUCGCUUUUUACACUUAGGAUAAAAGUAAUGCUGCGGAUUGAUUCCUUUCCACGAUAUCCCUGCGCGUUUAUCAUUGCCUUUGCAAAUCUCUGAGGUCUUGUAGAAGUGUAUAACGGAAGUCCAUUUUGUCGGGACUCGAUCUGAAUUUUAAUGCCAAUAAAAAUCAGCUUCCAGCAAAGUAAUUGCCUUUUUGAUUCUAAUCCCCAUGGAUCACCAGGUGUUUCCACAGAAUUUCGAAAGCUCCACGUCCAUUAUGUAGCUAAAAACUUUAUUUUAAGCGAUUCUGUUAAUUGAAUUGAUCUGACUUUGUUCGUCCUAGGAAUUAUAUUCCUAUUUUCAAAUUCAUAUUUCAAGAUAUCGAGAAAAUAACAAUCGAGCCAUCGAAAGUCGAACAUCGAUCGAUCUAUUGCAUGCAGUACGCACCCGUUUACGAUAUGUAAUCACGCGACCUACGACACACGUGAAUUUUGACGUUCUGAAAGUAAACGAGUUUGCGAUCGGUUGAGACUUCGCGUGAAGGACGAAUUUUCAGAGAUGCAAAAGACGAAGAAGAAAGGCAAGCCGCAACAACCUCCCUUGUCCGUCGCCGAGCCCGCGCCCGCGGAAUCGUUGACGGACGAGGACGUGGGCAAGGACUUCGGGACUCUCAUGAACGCGCCGCUCUCGAAAGGCGGGCACUUCGUCUUCAAGUCGGAGAAGGCCUGGACCGUUGACUCGUCGGAGUACUCGGAAUUCUUCACCCUGAACCUGAAGGAGGUGUCGGCCGCGAUUGACUGCAUUCCGUUCAACGAAUACGUCGACGUGCCUGACAGGUACUUCGUAAGCGAUCAGUUGACGAGUAUCUACAAUGAUGCUGAGAGAAGCAAGGCGGCUUACAGCACAAUUCUGGACGAACUGAUCAAGGAGAACGCGAAGACUGACCAAUCGAAAGAUAUGAAGUCAACGACAAACGUGAAACCAGAAAACAAUCUUGAUAAUUUAGAAAAAGAUCCAGAUUCUUUAGGUGAUAUAGAGGAAGAUCUAGAUUUUCUAUUGUCUCUAAAGGAACCUCUCCCGAGCACUGUGACAGAAAUCGCCCAGCCCAUGUCGCUAUCUACGUCUCGUAGCAGUGAUUCCAAAACAAAGUCGACGAACAUUCCGAAUAAACCAAUUGACUUGGACUUAGAAAAAUGGCUAGACUCUGUUUUAGAUGACUAAUUUUCCUAUAUUAUUGUGAAAAGACUGAGAAAAAAGGAAAAGUAACAAAGUAGAUAAUGUAAAAUUAUAAAAAGGUCGUUUAUUUGACACAUAUAACAUGUAAAGAAUUAUAUUUUUAUGAUUAAAAAAUUAUAUGAAUCUA